GAGAGCCCAGGAGCCAGCCCUAGCUGUAGGUGAGCGCACUUGGAGCAACCGGAACGCCCGACAUUCUCCAACGGCCUCUCCCGCCACCUCCAUGACCCACAUCCUCCCAUUUCCUAUUUCCAGCCUCGUGCCUAGUAGCUUUUAGGUCUGUCAACACUGGAGGAAUGGCCGAUUUUGGGAUCUCAGCUGGCCAGGCUGUGGCAGUGGUCUGGGAUAAGUCAUCCCCUGUGGAGGCUCUGAAAGAUSUGGUGGAUAAACUUCAAGUGUUAACUGGUGACAAAGGCCAAGUGUCGGUGGAGAACAUGAGCCAGCUGUUGCAGUCUGCCCACAAGGAAUCCAGCUUUGACGUUAUCUUGUCAGGUGUAGUCCCAGGAAGUGUGACUCUGCACAGUGCAGAGGUUUUGGCUGAGAUGGCCCGGAUCCUUAAGCCUGGGGGAUGUCUUUUCCUGAAAGAACCAGUAGAGACAGCUGUAGAUAAAGAUAGCAAAGUGAAGACAGCGUCUAAACUGUGUUCAACUCUCACUCUCUCUGGUCUUGUGGAAGUAAAAGAGCUGCAGCGGGAGUCCUUGAGCCCUGAGGAGAAGCASUCUAUCCAGGAACAUCUGGGCUGCAACAGUGAGAGCCUGUUCUCUGUUCAGAUCACAGGCAAAAAACCAAAUUUUGAAGUGGGUUCUUCCAGUCAGCUUAAACUUUCUACCACCAAAAAGUCUCCUUUGGUGAAACCUGCUGUGGACCCUGCCACUGCCAAGCUCUGGACCCUCUCAGCCAAUGACAUGGAGGACGAGAGCAUGGAUCUCAUUGACUCAGAUGAGCUACUGGAUCCAGAAGAUUUGAAAAAACCAGAUCCUGCUUCCCUACGGGCUGCUUCUUGUGGGGAAAGAAAAAAAAGGAAGGCUUGUAAGAACUGCACCUGUGGCCUUGCAGAAGAACUAGAAAAAGAGAAGUUACAGGAACAGAAGAAUGCCCAGCCCAAGUCAGCCUGUGGAAACUGCUACCUGGGYGAUGCUUUCCGCUGCGCCAACUGUCCCUACCUUGGGAUGCCAGCCUUCAAACCUGGCGAGAAGGUGCUGCUGAGCGAUGGCAAUCUUCACGAUGCCUAGGAGGACCCAUGGGACACAUCUGCUCCUCCACCUCCUCCUGUCCCUCAGAUCCCACCACUGUGGCUCCUCCACCUCCUUGGACUCUCUGGCUCUCCGUUGGAAAUCCCUUUUCAGGGAGGGUGCUUGUAGACAGGGAAGCUGGCUGUGGGUGCAGUGG